UCCGAAGACAUAGGAUAUGUGCUCUACUCGGCACUGGGUAGUUUCUACAUCCCCUCGUGCAUUAUGGUCUUUGUCUACAUUCGCAUUUACUUCGCUGCAAAAGCUCGGGCGAGACGUGGAAUCCGGAAGCAGCCUCGUCCACGACCUACGGUACCAGUGGACGUACCGGACAUCCGACAAACGAGCUUCACUCAAAGUACAGCAAGCAAGGGCACUAGGAAAAUGCCAGGGACUGUCAUGGAAAAUGUGGCGACAAUUGAGAAUCAACCCGUACAAAUUCCAAUUGUCACCUGCGACUUUGCCAGUGACGUCAGCACAUCCGAAAUCGACCCUCACGGAGGAAGCAUGGCCUUGGAAGAAAAAGACACCCUUAAGGUGUCUGUAGCGAUGACGAUGCAGAAGACGAACGUAAAAUCGACCCUCUCGGUGAACGGUGAAGGUUCAGCUCAGGUGCCUUCUAGAUGUCGGGCACCCAGUGUUGGCAUCGAUGUGGACAUGGUUUCCGAAUUCGACCCUUCAUCAUCAGACAGUGGAGUGGUUUCGAGAUGCGCAGUUGUCAAGCCCUUAAAAUUGCGUCUUUGCCAGCCAAUCUUUGGACGAAGAAUGAUGGGAAAACUAAAACGGGAGCACGGGGAUGUCCAUGGCCGUCAUCAUGUGAAAGAUAUCGCUUCCAUUGAAGCGAAACCCGUGAAGCCAAGGGAUCCGGAGAGGGAAAAGAGGAGACUGGCAAGAAAAAAGGAAAAGCGAGCUACCUUAAUCCUAGGUCUAAUCAUGGGCAGCUUUAUAGCUUGCUGGCUACCAUUCUUCUUCCUCUACAUCGUUAAGCCACUCUUUCCCAAUUUAGCCAUUCCCAAUGAAGCAUUUGCCGUUGCCUUCUGGCUUGGCUACAUGAAUUCGGCACUCAACCCAGUCAUAUACACCGUCUUCAACAAGGACUUCCGCAGAGCCUUCCGAAGGAUAUUGUUUAAAUGA